CACACCUCCUGCCCCGACUGUCACGGCAGCGCUCGCUAUUCACCGCCCCGCAUUGUUCCACCACACGCCUCGUAGGUGUGCUUCCGAUUCCGGCGCGGCCUCCGUUUGCUCCAUCGUUUCGGGCCUCAUCACUCACGGCUGCUGCUGCGACUGCUUCCGCGACUGCAGCUCAUCUCUCACACCCCAUAGCCGCAUGCUGCAUGCCCCCCACAACCAUCUAAUGGCAUCGGACAGCUAAUCGCCUUCUCUACCUUUGCGCGCCGCCGGGGACGACUCUAUCCAGGCUCCUGAUUUCGCCGUGAAGCACCAUGGACGGGAGCCCCGGACCGCGCAACUACCCCAACGGUCCAGGGAGCGUGCGGAGACCCAGCAAUGAGAACCGCCGUCCGCCUGGAGCCCCCGGGGGCCCUCCUUCAUCUUCAAGCUCUGCAAGAUCGCGAGCCGAGCGAUUCGAGGAUGAGCGGCGGCGAAUCACACAAAGUUGCUUCUCCAAACUCGACGCAACUGGACAGCUUAUGGAAUCCUACAUUACCCAUAUCCGCAUACGAGAGGAUGCCGCCUAUCCACAAUCGCCCGCUCCGCCGAAUUCAAAUCCUAGCAACAAGAAAGCUCGAGUCAUCAUCAUUGGGGUCAAGAAUACCACCGCCGUGGUUUUGCACAAAGCGCGAGAAAAUGCAAACGGUAGCUUUUCAAUUGGCAAGUCCUGGGAAAUGUAUGAUCUUUCCGCCAUAGAGAAUUUCGUGCACCUGGUUCCUCAGACUGAAGAAGAGGCUCAGCGGAAGAGCUGGGCUGGGGAUAGCGGCUUCGUUGUUACUAUUAACAAGCCCUAUUAUUGGGAGGCUACCACCGCGAAAGAGAAGGAGUUCUUCAUUGGCAGCCUGGUGAAAAUCUACAGCAGGUAUACCAACGAGAAAUAUCCGCUCUUGAUAGGAUUUAGCCCGGCCGAGCUCAACGGCCUCACCGAGGGGCAUCCUGAAUACGCAACCCCCGAAGCUCGUGCUGCCCACGAGGAAUGGGCGGCUAUUAAGGCAAAGGACCCAAAUUAUGAUAAAAAGCCUUAUGAGGCUUUUGACAAACAGUUUAGGGCUAGGUCUGGUGCUCCUCCGCCGAAAACGUAUCCCUCACAAGACGACUUAAGGCGACCAUCGCCAGCUGACGAUAGGAGAGCCCCGCUGUCGCGCGGCCGCGAGGGCAUGCAAUCCCAACGGCGUCCACCUCCUCUAGAUGAACAACAGCGCGAUAGAAGGCCUCGACAACCGAUACCACCUUCAAUGUCAAAUUUAAGGGAUGGAGCUGCGACACGCGGCGGAGGGUCACCCGGGCGUCCAGAAGAUGGCCGAAUGCCCCAGUCUCCCCGCUUUCCAGGUCAAGGGCCUUCUUCACCAGCGCAGUUUGGCGAUGGUUCACGGUCACGGUCACGGCCGUCUAUGGAACAAAAUUUGCGGUCUCCACCUAGCCGAGACAAUAUGAGCAUGCGCUCAUUUCCGAGCCGAGAGCGGCUGCAGCCUGUGCCAGUUCCAAUGCCGCCCAUUCCAGCGCCAUCGCAGCGUUUAAGCCCGCAGUCGUCAAGAUCGGACUUGGCAGGACGCCCGAAGACACCCGACACUGCCAGUGCUUCGUCCCUUCCGCCCAGCCUUAGCCCAGGAAGACCGUCAUUUCCAGAAGAUGCUCGGUCACAAAGGUCGCAAAAGUCACUAGACGAACCGUCUUUUGAUGGCGCGGGACUGGGCAUAGCGUCCGGUGAGAAACGGAGACCAAACGGCUAUCCUUCGCCCAACAGGCGGGAUCCGUCCCCUAGGGGCUUGAGGCCGGGGACGGCCCAGAGCAAUGCGAGCUCUUCUUUUAGUCGUUACGAGGAGGUCCCGGGAGAGGUACCCCCAAGAAGAAGACCUAUGAUGGAAGCCCGUCCAUCGCAACAGUCACAGCGUAGCAUGGAAAGUCAAGAGAGCGGCCCGCAUACGGAAUUUCAUACCCCAGCACAAUCCCCUCCACCAGCAGUGCCAGUUCCACCCAGGAGGAGGCCUCAAGAGAUGCCGGAGAGGCCUAAGCCGACAGCGUACCAGGAGCCAGUGCCGAGCGCCGAGCCAAAGAGAGUCGACACCCCAGAAAGCACGAUGGUGCCUCCUCAGUCUCAGCAGCCUCCACCGCCACCAACAUCUCCGCUUCCACAGAUACCAAAGGCGGCAGAGCCGAAUGAGGCGCCUCGUGCGGCAGAAGAGCAAGCUUCGCAAGAGGCAGAACCAGCCCCAGCAGUGAAGCCUCUCUCUCCUACCGAAGAGGAUGAGGAAGUCCUCCAUCGCCCCGGACUUGGCCCCAUGAUCAAAAAGAAGAUAGGCAAAGCCGACGCGGCAAGUGCUUUCCGCAAGGCUGCCGCUGCUGCUGGUGCUUUCAAACCUCGUGCUGGGGGGGCCGCAGCUAAAUUGUUUGCCAAAGAGACAAAAACGUCCGAAGAGCCGGAUGGCAUCAGCGGCGUCUUUGUGCCCCAGCGACCCGCGCCUAAGGAGGAAGCAGAGAAGAAGCUGGAGCAGGAACCCAAAGCUCAGCCGGAUAGGACAUCUAAGGAGCGUCCGACUAUAGUUACCGAAGUCGUUCCUGAGGUGAAGGUCUCUAGCCCCUUGUCACCAACCCCAGUCCUCCCUCCUGCAAAUGUAGAGGAGAGGCCACCUUCUCGCUCGCCAAGUCCGGAGAAGCCAGUAGCCAAAGCCGAGGCUGAGGCGGAAGUGCGACGCAAGAAGCGGCGGUCGAACCAACAAAUCAUGAACCUCUCCAAGCUUGGAAUUGAUCCAAGCAUCCUGGACGGUCGCGGACUUGAAUUCGAAACAGCCCUUUCCGAGUUCGGUUGGGGAAGCAGUGAGCUGUCGGCUAAGAACAUUGAAUCAUUGGAAUCCGACAUCAAGCGCGAAAUUGCGCGCGUUGAAGCGGGCAGCUGGCUAAGCCACCUAGAGCAAAAGGACGAUCGUGUCGAAGCCGUGGAGAAGAUGCUUGAUAGGGCUAUUGCAGAGUGCGACGAACUAGAAGGCCUGCUGACAUUGUAUAAUGUCGAGCUAAGCAGCCUAAACGAUGACAUCGCCUUCAUUGAAGCGCAGAGUCAGGGUCUGCAAGUCCAAACGGCCAACCAAAGGUUAUUGCAGAGUGAGCUCGAGCAACUCGUUGAUACGAUCUCUAUUACUUCAGACCAACUCGAACCGCUGCGGCGAGCACCUAUCGGUAAAGUGAAGGGACUAGCGGCUAUUGAAAUGUCUCUAGUGCUCCUCUACAAGGCUUUGAUUACUAUCGACCCCACCUUUAUCAAAGGCAGCAGAAGCAGCACCGCAGGCGAUCUCAACAAGAUCACCAGCAACUCUGGCUUUGGCAAUAGCGAACUCGCGUCGAUGCAGGCGUUGCAAGAAAAGAAAGAUCGUUAUCUCAACGAGGGCGCAAUGUUCCUGGAUCGGCUGAAGAAGCACAUGGAUAUAACCUUUGGCGCCGCUUUCCUGCAGACCAAGGACGCGCUGGCUAAUAUUGAUAGAACUGCAAUGCCGUCGACCAGGGCGAAUGUCGAAGCCCAUGACGCAGGCAGAACUAUGCUAUGGAUGCUCAGUCCGCUCAUUCUCUUCGCUAAGGAGAUCGACCGAGCAUCGUGGGAUGCCUUGCUGCGGAUGUACCAGAACCAGGCCGGCCUAAUAUACCAGGACGAAAUUCGUGACAACAUCUUAUCAUGGAAGCGCUUUGCCCGCAAGCCUACUGGCGACGAGCAGGAUCUCUUGUUCACCACCCAAGAAAAAGAAACGGAGAGCAUCACUGGAGCCGCCAGGAAGCUUACCGUGAAGCGAAGUCAGACCUUGGCUCGUGGACUCCGUGCAGCAUCUGGAGAUAAGGAGCACAAAGCAAACAAGGCACAAGACGGGAAGCUAUUCGCGUUCGACGUUUUCUCCAAAGUCCUUGAGGACAUCGGUCCCGUGCUCCUUACAGAGCAGAAUUUCGUCACCGAAUUCUUCCAUGCGACCUCGACCGACUCCGUAGAUUUUCCUGAAGCCGUCAGUCUGGCGCCUCCUGGGGAACGCCGCGGACCGAAUCUAUGGGUGCGAAAGCAAUUUGAGGCAGACAGGGCGAUGGCUAAACGCGUCGCCGAUGUCAUGGAAGAUAUUUUCUCAUUCUGGCCGACGGAGAUCCAAACCCUGGUAGAUUGGGCUAUCAAGGCCGAUCCUUUGCAAGGAGUUGGUAUUCUAUGUGCGGUCGACCGGAAACUCGUCGAAAUUGAAGAUUCAAAUCAAGACUUCCUCACUAGGAAUCUCCAGAAGGCGCACGAACGGCUGACAGGCCUGUUCACACGCUUCGUUGACGAACAGAUACGCGCUAUUGAAGAUACUAAGGUCAAGAUCAAGAAGAGGAAAGGAGUCAUUGCUUUCGUGAAAACAUUCCCUCACUUCGCUGUGGCCAUCGAAAACAUGCUGCCUGCUGCCGACGAGAGCGAUCAACUGGAGAUCAGGCGUAUGGUCGAUGACGCAUAUCAGAAGAUCAACAAGGCCAUGUUUGAGAGCUUGAAGGUGAUCGCCAAGGAGUCGCCUGCGGUCAUGGCCACUCAAGGGCAGGGUGAUCCAGAAGAUAAGGAAGCUCUAAACUACCACAUCCUGCUCAUUGAGAACAUGAACCACUACAUUGAGGAGGUUGAUGCGCGAACCGACUCCGUCCUACUCGACUGGAAAGCCAAGGCUCAGGACGAAAUGAAGGAGCAUAUGGAUCUUUACGUCGACGCUGUGAUCCGGCGGCCUUUGGGAAAACUUCUAGAAUUCAUCGAGUCGACAGAGACGUUGCUCUCCCAAGCUGGCGCAAGUCCACAGUCGAUUGCACAGCGCUCAUCACACUCACGCUCCGUCUUCAAGAAGCUCGUGCACUCAUACGACGCCAAGGAGGUCCGAAAGGGCAUCGAAGCGCUCAAGAAGCGAGUCGACAAGCAUUUUGGCGACGCUGAUGACCCGGGAAUUAGCCGCGAUCUCGUCUUCAAGGUGCUCAAGGAAUGCGAGAAAAAGUACAGCGACGUGUACGAUCGCACUAUCCGCAUCAAUCAAGAUGUGUACUCUGGAGAGGUGGAGAUGGAUUGGGGUCCGAAUGAGGUGACAGCUGCGUUCAGAAGGUAGCUUUGCGCCGACUCUGACACUGGCCUUUUCACAUAUUCUGGUUGAGUUAAAGUCUGCAGAGAGGUUGCAUGCUUCGUUGUUGAUGCUUCGGUGGGAAGUUGUGCGGUAUGCCUUAGCCUGGCGUUCAUGGAGUACAUAUCUAGCAGGCCACUUGGAGCGUGGGUUUUGUAUCGAUGCUCUUGGGGGAAUCUUCGG